AUGCGUAUGAGAACGGCACUAGCCGAGAACCUUAGGUGGUCAAUCCAAUCAAUAAACGGUCGUCUAGAUAUUUGGCUGCCUGCCGACCCACUUCGGGAGAUGGGCAAGCGUCAAAUCCUGCCAUGGUUACUCGGUUUUGCUCCCGAAGAACAAUUCCAAUGCCGUCGCAAAAUGGAAGUCUAUCUUAUCGUUUCUAACUUCGCCCCCAUCCACGACGGAUCCUUGACUAGAUUCAAGCUCAAAGUGGAGGAAUCCAGGGCACAUGGUCAGUUGAAAAGAAUACUAUUUCUGGAUGAAGACUUGGAAUUGCAAGGAGACUGA